AUGCCAGACUCGAUGGACGCAGCCCCAGCCUCACCCGACCUCAGAUUCGAGACGGUACCAAGUAACACACCGCACGCGCAGGUCGCGCAGCGCGCCUACUUUGCCGAGAUGGACGCGCGGUUCAACGAAGGCUUCGACGUCUCCCUCUACUCGGGCAAAGACUCUGGGACCGUCACCCCGGCCGAGGAGGAAGAAGACGAGUUUACUUUCCCCCGCGGCGCAUUCAUCCUCGCCUACCUCCCCAACUUGCCAGAAGCCGCAGCGUGCGGCGCCGUGCGCAUUCUCGAGCCCGGUAUCGCCGAGAUCAAGCGGAUGUGGGUCAACCCUUCGGCGCGCGGUCGCCGCGUAGCCACCCGCCUGCUGGUACACCUCGAGGCCCAGUGCGUCGCCCUUGGCGCCCAUACAAUCCGGCUCGAUACCAAGGACGUGCUCACCGAGGCCAUUGCCAUGUAUAAAAAGUACGGGUAUUACGAGGUGCCGCGAUAUAACGACAACCCCUACGCCACACACUUUUUCGAGAAGAAGGUCGCCGCGUAG